UAGCGGAGCGUGGCGGCGGCUGAGCCCCGCACCAUGGAGGGCAGCCCCGUCCCAUCCUGGGUCGCCGCCCGCCUCGGCCACUGCCCGAUACCCGUCUGCCAGCUCUCGCUGCUGCUCUCCGGGCACCGUCCCCUCCUCACCUCAAAGUCAACAUGAAGGAGACCCGGGGCGACGGCGGGGACGCCCCCUUCUGCACCCGCCUCAACAACUCCUACCCGGGCAUGUGGGCGCACGAGCGCUCCGCCGAGGCGCGGGGCAACCUCACCCGCCCCCCAGGGUCGGGGGAGGACUGCGGAUCCGUGUCAGUGGCCUUCCCGAUUACCAUGCUGAUUACCGGCUUCGUGGGCAACGCGCUGGCCAUGCUGCUCGUGUCUCGCAGCUACCGGCGCCGGGAGAGCAAGCGCAAGAAGUCCUUCCUGCUGUGCAUCGGCUGGCUCGCGCUGACCGACCUGGUUGGGCAGCUGCUCACCACUCCGGUGGUCAUUGUCGUGUACCUCUCCAAGCAACGUUGGGAGCAGCACGACCCGUCGGGGCGGCUGUGUACCUUCUUUGGUCUGACCAUGACUGUUUUUGGGCUCUCCUCGCUCUUUAUCGCCAGCGCCAUGGCCGUCGAGCGGGCGCUGGCCAUUCGGGCGCCACAUUGGUACGCGAGCCACAUGAAGACAUGCGCCACCCGAGCUGUGCUGCUCGGUGUGUGGUUGUCAGUGCUGGCCUUCGCCCUGUUGCCGGUGUUGGGUGUGGGCCAGUACACUGUUCAAUGGCCUGGGACGUGGUGCUUCAUAAGCACCGGUCGAGGAGGCAACGGGACUAACUCUUCCAACAACUGGGGCAACCUUUUCUUCGCCUCCACCUUCGCCUUUCUGGGGCUCUUGUCUUUGGCCGUCACCUUCGCCUGUAACCUGGCCACCAUUAAGGCCCUGGUAUCCCGCUGCCGGGCCAAAGCUGCGGCAUCGCAGUCCAGUGCCCAGUGGGGCCGGAUCACAACUGAGACAGCCAUUCAACUCAUGGGGAUCAUGUGCGUGCUGUCAGUCUGCUGGUCGCCGCUUUUGAUAAUGAUGUUGAAAAUGAUCUUCAAUCAGACGUCAGUUGAGCACUGCAAAUUGCAGACAGAAAAGCAGAAAGAAUGCAACUUCUUCUUAAUAGCUGUUCGCCUGGCUUCACUGAACCAGAUCUUGGAUCCCUGGGUUUAUCUGCUGCUAAGAAAGAUCCUUCUUCGAAAGUUUUGCCAGAUCAGGUAUCACACAAACAACUACGCAUCCAGCUCCACCUCCUUCCCCCACCAGUGCUCCUCGACCUUGAUGUGGAGUGACCACUUGGAAAGAUGAUGAAAGAACAGAGCUGGACUUUUUAUUGCAAUUCCUGCUUCCCUGAGUUUGUAUUUUUCUUCCUAACCAAGAAGAACAUUAUAUUUUUUGGACCGUAUCUUUAUUUUUGUCUGAUUUUUAAAUUUUAACGUUUUUUCUUGUCAGUAAUACACCCUGAGAGCAGUUUUAUUGUUAUAACCCAUGCCUCUGAAUGUUAAACUGACUUCUUGGAAGGAUUCUGAGCAAGCUUUAAGAAGCUGGGCAGGAUUUCACAGAUGAUGAUUGGUGGAAAGACCAGCGAAAGAAUGAAUGACUCACAUUCCAGGAAUUUCCUCCAACUUCAAACCUUUACCCGAAUCUUAUCCAAUGUGGACAGCUGUUCAUUUUAUAAUGAUUUUGAUUUUGCAAUAUGAAUUCGAAAAAUCAGUGUAUGUUUUCACAGUGAAAAGUCAACACUGAGAGCAAGAAUUCUAUUAUAAGGACAUGAACUUAAUGAGAGAAGACAAGCCCAGUGAGGGCAGGAGGGUCUCAGGACAAGGGAGAUUCAUUCCAGAUGUGUGAUUAAUGCUGUGGAGGUGUGGUAUCCCUCUGGGCUUAGUUCAGAAAUAAAUGUUCUCCAGUUUAAAUUCUGGUUUGAGAUCAUUAGGUAAUUCAGGAAUGCUUCAUUGCUAUUUCUUUGCUUUUAAAGACAAAGAAUUGAUGUAGCUAUUGAUGUAGCUAAAGGCAUCCUUGCUGUGUCAUAAACAAUUAGGAGGCUACCAGGUUAUUCUGUUAGAGCAAUUAAAAAAAAUCCAGAUAUAGCCUUCUAGUUCUUCAUUUUUAUCUUACUUUUGAAUCACUAUCAAUUCAAGAUUUCUUAUAGUUUCUUCUCAGGCAGCAUACCAAGAGACAAAAUUAAUAAAUGGCAGUUAUUCUGCAUCAAGUUUUGUUACUUUUUUUGUGAAAUAAAAGGAUCUACAUUGUAUGGCAAUAAAAAAUUCU